GUUUCUACUGUUUGAUCAAGAUGAGUACAACACCUUUGAAACAUCCAGGAAUUUAUUUGUCUUCAGAGACCUCUGAAAGAGAUAUUCCCAUACAGGCCAUCUUCUUUGACAGCAUUCCUCCAGGCACACUUACUCCUAUAAAAGAUUUGGUGAAAUAUAAGAAAUCUUCUUUAGAGUUUAAUGAUCAUAUGAAUAAUCAGUGCCUAGAAAUCAAAACUCUUAAUGAUAAAAAAAUACUUCAAUCUACUGUGCUAAGAGAAGCUAGUACCUCUAGCCAUUCUUUUGAUAUCAGUGCUAUAAAGCCCAGUAAGGAGAAAAUACAAAAUAGUGCAAACUAUGAGUCACCAAGAAAAAUAUUUCAAAGAAUGAAAGAAAAAAUACUGCGUGAUGAACAAGAACAAACAUCAAGAAACAGUUUAUUGGAACAAUCCAAAAGUGAAAAUUAUACAAACUUAAGUGCAAGCAGAAACGAGAAAAGACUAUUUCAGCAAACCUACCUCUGUGAAGAAAAGGGAGGUAACAAACCAUUCCAAUCUGAUAACAUUUCACCAAGAGAGCUUCUGAUUCUGAAGCAAAAGCAUGACCAUAUCUCAGCUGCAGGAGUCUCAUUAGGUAGUACUCACUCAUUAGAGAAUACAGCUACAACCACAAAGUCCUCAAAGGACACUUAUAUUUUAAAAAGCAUUGAUGCUGCCAAUGAAAAAUCCCAAAAUACUGCUUUUGAGACUCUCAGUAGUAACUGCGUUCCUGCUAAUAAUAGCACUCAAUUAAAAGUUUCCAAGAGCAUGGUGACAACAGAAGGGACUUUACAAGAAGAAACCAAGGAAAGAAAUAAAAACACUACGUCAAAAGAAACAGCUCCUCUGUGUUCUUUGAACAAUACGUGUAAAAUUGUGCUUGCAACUCCAACAUACAAUAUAACGAUACCUCGAAGAUCUGAAAGAAAGAAAAACCCUUCUCCUCCAGGUAUAUUUCAAAUUAUUUCAAACGGAGUUAAAAAAUACAAGGUAAUCCAACUACAGGAAUGGAUGAUUAAAAUCAUCAAUAAUAACACUGCUAUAAUUGUAGAAGGAAAAUUAAUAGAUUUCACUGACAUAUAUUGGCACAGUAAUAUAAUUAUUGAACGAAUUGACCACAACACACUCAGGACUUUGUCAGGCAAUAUUUAUAUAUUAAAUGGAAUGAUAGACCAGAUUUCCAUGAAAGCAGCAGGUUAUCCUAACUAUCUCACAAGGAAGUUUAUGUAUGGAUUUCCAAGAAAUUGGAAAGAGCACAUUGAUAAUUUUCUAGAACAAUUAAGGGCUUGUGAAAAUCAAAAGAAAACCAGAAAAAAACAGAAAAUUGGAAAAUCAGCCCAUGAUAAUCUCAAAUCUGUGAAAAAUAAUGCACGAAAAACUCAAACAGAUGUCCUCCAGAAAGCCAGCACCACUUAUAACCGUGAUUCUGAUAAUUUUGAAUUGAAGAAUAGUAGGUGCCGUAUAUUGCCAGAAACAACAGCAUCAAAUGAUUUCCAACAUAAUUGCCCAAAGAAAUCACCAUUAAAGCUCUCAGAUGACCAAAUAAAUAAUACUAUUCAAAAUGGAGGGCGGCGUGGCUUAUCCAAUCAGGAAUUAUUAGGAAAAGAAGACUAUAAAAAUGUGUCUUCAAAGAAACUCGAGAAUUAUGAAAGGACAAAUGAAAGGAUAAUUAAAAGUCAGAAGCAAGGGAGAUCCGAAAAAGCAAACGUAUCCACUGAUAUUCUAACCUCAAGAGCGCAGAUUUUCUCAGAUGAAGAAAGAACACGGAUGGCUAUCCGUCAGAAGAAAGCUUGUAUUUUACUAACACCACUUAAAUCUAAAACAGUGAUAGAGCAUAAAUGCAUGCAGUAUAAUAUUUCCUCUAGUGCCAUUAAAGAAAUAACAGAUGAUACUGUUCCAAAGCCUCAAAGAGAAAGUAAGUUAGACAUAAAUAAAACCACACGUCCUAUCAGGGAGCGCACACGGACUUUAGGAAAUACGUUUGAGUGUAGUACAGAUAACAAAAGUGAAAACAAGAAAGAUGUCCGUGAACCUGACAUACUCACUGUCAACACGAAAAUAAAAAUACCUGCUCUUGGAAGGAAACAAAUGGUGGACUCUGACUGUAGCAGAAAGACAAGAUUGUCAACAUUGAAGGAAAUUGAAAAUCAAGUAGCUAUGUCAUUUCAGAACCAUCAGUCAUCAGAUUUGUCUAGAAAAGGGAGUGAAACAGAAAAGAAAAUUAAAAGGAAAGCUAGUGUGGUUAAGGAAACCAAAUCAAGAAAUACUAAAGAAGAGGUCCACCUGAGAAAAAGUACAAGGAACACCACAAGGAAUAUUCUAGUGAUAUCUGAAUCUGAAACUGAAGAAAGCGAAAGUGAAUAUUAUCUCAAACCAAAAAAAGUUAAAUCUUCUGCUAGACAAACUGCUUCGAACUCUGAUAUUAAGAAUGAGUGCCCUGCUUUUAAGGGGAUGGAAUAUAAAAAAAGGAACAGACAUCCCUCAGAAUGUUUACCUGGUUUACCACAGGAUAAGGAAUGGAAUGAGAAGGAGUUACAGAAAUUGCAUUGUGCAUUUACAUCUCUUCCAAAGUACAAACCUGGUUUCUGGUCAGAUGUAGCGAUAGCUGUAGGUUCCCGAUCAGCUGAGGAAUGCCAGAAGAAAUAUAUGGACGAUUCUCAAGGAAAAGGACUUCGGAAACGUGUCCCUAAGAAAAAGCCAGCCAAUUUGAAAGGGAAAAAUGGCAAGACAGGUAAUGCUGAUAAGAAACCAACUAUUAAGAUAACCGCCAAAGUGGGAACUCUUCAAAGAAAGCAGCAGAUGAGGGACUUUCUGGAACAGUUGCCAAAGGAUGACCAUGAUGACUUUUUCAGUACAACCCCUUUACAGAAACGAAGAGUGCUGUUGCCAAGUUUUCAGAACCAUCAAGAAGAGGAUGAUAUUCUGCCAAAUAUGGAUAUGAACCCAUUAACUCCAUCCUCAGUUAUCUUUCCACUGGCAAAAACUCCUCAGUGUCAGCAUGUUAGUCCUGGCAUGCUAGCCUCUAUAAACAGGGAUGAUUGUGAUAAAUAUGUUUUUCAUAUGCAGAAAAACCAUAAAAGUAAAGGUGGUAUUGUCUGGGGUAACAUCAAGAAAAAAGCAGUUGAAACUGAUUUUUUGACCCCAACAUCAAGAAGAAAAACCCAGUUUAGCAAAGGAGAUACCUCAGGUAUUGGACAACUUUUUACAGAUGCGAUGGAAUCUUUAGAUGAUGAAGAAGAAGAUUAUUAUUUUUCCAACUCUGACUCUGGAGAGUAAAAAUAUGAAAAUACCUAGGACUUUUAUAAUAGACAAUGCAUGUGUAUGUUCAUUUGUUGUACAUGUAUUUUUUGUAAUAUAGUUUUGUGUGAAAAUGUGGGCUUCUUUUUAAAGAUUUCAAGUGUUUGUAUUCAAAGUAAAAUUUUUCUGUAUUCCUCAUUGCUGUUUACU